AUGCCUGACGUCGGUCUGCUGGUGCUGUCCGCACGCAAUUUGCCAUCGUUGAAGUCGCUACUUGCUAGUGCUGCACAAUCCGUGAAAUCACGUCUUUAUAUUCGAUUCCAAGGACCUGGCCUAGAUGAAGUGUUACCGUCGGUAUACCUGCAGUCAUCCAUACAUUGCCCUCAGUUGGAUGUUCGCGUUCUACUUGGCAGGAAAAUCCCUAAGUAUGCCCAAUUGAUUGGAGACGAGAAGUUGCAGGAUGUUACCGUUAUUAAGCCGAAAUACAAAAAGGUCGUACUGGGAGGCACAUUCGAUCGAUUGCACAAUGGCCACAAGGUACUUGCUCUCGAAGGCUGCUUUGUUGGCAAGAGAGAACAUCAAAAAUCUUUAUGGGAACUGAUCGAGCCAAUAUCCGUUAGAGCACGAGCAGUUGAAGAAUUCGUAUAUGAUGUCGCCGAUACUGUUGUUUGUAUUGCUGAAGCGAUUGAAGAUCCUUUUGGUCCUUCUAUACGAAUACCAGAUCUGGAAGAGAGGAAAAUGUCUCAUCUGGAUAUGAUCACAAUUGAUCUCUUGGAAGCCAGUGACGAGGUGCUCAAGGAAACCAAAAUAAGUUCAUCUACUCGGAGAAGAGAAGAUCUCGGUAAACUGUUGAGGCCACCUAUUCAACAUCCCGAACGAAGUGGACAGCCCUACAUCAUUGGGUUGUGUGGUGGAAUCGGCUCAGGAAAGAGCAACAUUGCCAGGAUAUUGAGAGAGCAGCCCGGCUUCGAGGUGAUCGAUUGCGACAAGUUAGCCCACAAGAGCUACGAACCCGGAAGUGAGCUUAUAGAAUCGAUCAAUGAAAAGUUCGAAGGUGUGGUCAAGGAUGGAGCUGUUGACAGGGAAGCGUUAGGGAAGCUCGUAUUUGGUAAUGAAGAAAACAUGCGGACUUUAUGUGAACUAGUGUGGCCCGUGUUAAAGAAGAAAGUUGAGGCUAUCAUUGCAAAUUCGAAGAGCGAAGCUGAGAAUCGAAUAAAAAGCCAGAUUACCAACAAAGAACGCAUAGAUCACAGCAAUGUAGUGUUCUGCUCAUUGUGGGCUUAUGAAGAAACUCGAUCUCAAGUAGAACGAGCUCUGCAGGACUUGCAAUCACGUCUGCAAUCACAUCCCUCUUCAGAGUAA